GGCUCUGCUGUGGCCAUGCCCAUUGCCCUCGGCCUCCUGCUUCUCCUUAGCCAGGCCACUUCAGACCCAUGCUAUGACCCUGGAGGGCGCCCUCGCUUUUGCCUCCCACCAGUGACCCAGCUGAUUGGCAAGGCAGCAGCCCCCUGCCCCCAGACCUGCAGUCUCCCUGCAGCCAGCCCUGGCCCUGCCUGCAAUGGUAGUCUGACCCUGGACUUGGAUGGCUUCUUUCUCUUGACGUCUGUCACCCUGCGUUUCUGUACCCCAGGGCCUCCAGCCCUGGUUCUUUCUGCUGCCUGGGCCACUGGAGGUCCUUGGAGACCACUAUGGCGCAGGCCUGCCUGGCCUGGGGCUCUGGGGGGCCCCGAGAAGGUAACCUUUCACUCCCCACCUGGCCCCAAGGCCAGGAUAGUGGCCAGCCACCUCCGUGUGGAGUUUGGCGGAAAAGCGGGGCUAAUGACCACUGGAGUAAGAGGCCGCUGCCAGUGCCAUGGCCACGCUGCCCGCUGUGCUGCUCGGGCACGGCCCCCACGCUGCCGCUGCCGCCACCACACCACUGGCCCAGGGUGUGAAAGCUGCCGCCCAUCCCAUCAAGACUGGCCCUGGCGGCCUGCCACACCCCAGCAUCCUCACCCGUGCUUGCCCUGCUCCUGCAAUCAGCAUGCCCGACGCUGCCGAUUCAACUCCGAGCUAUUCAGGUUGUCAGGUGGCCGUAGUGGGGGUGUGUGUGAGCGGUGCCGCCACCACACAGCUGGGCGGCACUGUCACUACUGCCAGCCAGGGUUCUGGAGGGACCCAAGCCAGCCCAUCACUAGUCACAAGGCAUGCAGGGCCUGCCAGUGCCACCCGAUUGGAGCUACAGGAGGGAUGUGCAACCAGACCAGUGGCCAGUGCUCCUGCAAGUUGGGGGUCACAGGCCUGACAUGCAACCGCUGUGGUCCUGGAUACCAGCAGAGCCGCUCACCCAAGAUGCCCUGCCAACGAAUUCCAGAGGCAACCACCACUCCUGCCGCCACCUCUGCUGCGUCUCGACCUGACCCACAGUGUCAAAACUACUGCAACGUCUCGGACACCAGCGUGCACAUGAGCCUUCAGAGGUACUGCCAGCAGGAUUAUAUCCUGCACGCUCAGGUUGCGGAGUCCGCACAGGUUUCGGUCUCGGAGGUCCACUCGUUGGGCCCUGAGUGGUGGCGGCUAUCCGUGCACGUGCUGGCCGUGUUCAAGCAGCGCUCGUGGCCCGUGCGCCGUGGAGGCCAGGAGGCCUGGGUGCCCCGUGCCGACCUAGCCUGCGGCUGCCUGCGCCUGCGCCCGGGUGCCCACUACCUCCUGCUGGGCAGUGCUGCGGAGGGCCCCGACCCUGCGCGCCUCGUCCUGAACCGCCACAGCCUCGCGCUGUCCUGGAGGCCACGCUGGGCCCGGCCGCUGCGGCGGCUGCAACAGAAGGAGCGCAGUGGCGCCUGCCGCGGCCUGCGCCCAUCCACGCCGAGCCCUGGGCCCGGGAGCAACGUGUGA